GCAAUGACGUCACUGAAUUGUGAAAAUCAUUUUGAGCAAAUGAAAAGAUAAUUCUAAAGGGGCACGAAUUUGUAUUUCUUUGUUUUAUGAUAAAAGAAAAUCGCUUUUCAUGAAUUAGCUAAUACCAAGUUCCAAGGCUAUGCUUGCAAGCUCGUUCAAAGUUUUGUUUUCAUUGUAUAAAAAUGUUACAUUUGUGACGUCAAAUAAUCAGGGUACUUUUUAGACAAUUUUGAAGCAUCAAAUCAAUAAACGACCUUGGCCAAACUUUUGUUUAUUUACCCAAGAUUCUUACAAAUAUUUUCCAGCCAAAUGCUGCAAGAUAUAUGGCUAGGUCAAGGUACUGAGAGCUGUAUUUGAACCAAAUUUGAUCCAUUUACACCACAGGAGUAUUCGGCAACAAAGUGUCGCAGAUGGCCUCCUCCACGCCGCCCACCCCGACCACCACCACCACUGCCGCCGCCGCCGCCGCCGCCGCCCCCGCCGCCGAUGAGGACCAGUUUGAUGACGAGGAGGACGCCAGUCAGCUGGCCGGCGGCUCCGGGCGCCGGCGACUCUUCAGCAAGGAGCUGCGCUGCAUGAUGUACGGCUUCGGCGACGACCGGAACCCGUACACGGAGAGUGUCGACCUGCUGGAGGACCUGGUGAUCGAGUUCAUCACGCAGAUGACGCAGCGCGCCAUGGAGGUGGGGCGCAACGGACGCGUCCAGGUCGAGGACAUCAUGUACCUCGUGCGCAAGGACCCGCGCAAGUACGCCCGCGUGCGCGACCUGCUCUCCAUGAACGAGGAGCUCAAGAAGGCGAGAAAGGCUUUCGACGAGGUCAAGUACGCGGCCACCUGAGCGGAGGGCGAGGCGAGGGAAGAGGGACUGGGGAGGUCUUCUGGACAGUGGUGGCGCGCGAGCGAUGCUGUGUAGUAUGCGGUAUUCGGUGUGCCGUGCGGUGUCUGCUGCUGAACGUUGAAGGUAGGCACUGGUGCGUUGGGCUUUGGUUUGAAUUGACGUUCGCGUAAUGUGUUAUUGUGAGGCAGUGUCUUAUGCGAGCACCACGUUUCACGUUGUAUGCAAAGGGCAGUGGUGUUUAAUCGUCAUCGAAGAUCAUCAUGCAUCGUCACUGAGUUGAUGAAGUGUGCACUGCUCAACGCACCUCAGUCUCAUCGUAUUAGCUAUGUAAUAAAUCAUCGUUAUUGUUUCGAGUAGAAAAUA